AUGACCAGACGCCAACUGUUCAGUGAUGUCUCAGUGAUCGCAAGGGUGAAAACCGGCAGCGAUCACCGAAUGGUUAGAGGCACACUGAACCUAAACGUUAAGUUGGAGAGGUCUCGUCUAAUAAAGUCAACGCUCCGUCCCCUUCGUGCUCUAAUCCAGAAUCCCGAGACUUUUCAGCUCGAGUUACGUAACCGCUUUCAGUGCCUAGAAGAUUGCAAUGCAGUGGACGAUAUGAAUGACAAGCUCGUGGAAACUGUCCAUGCGGUCGGAGCUAAGUUCUGCAAGACCCGCCGCAGAAGAAUACAAAAACUCUCCGAUCACACUCUUAAUCUCAUGGCUGUUAGACGGGUGAUGAAACUGCAUUCGUCAACAGAUUUGACAGCAUACAGGCAACUGAACAGACAGAUCUCCAAAUGCAUGCGGUAA